CUCAGCAGGAACUCAAACACCAGAGAUGGUGGAAGUGUUAGCAGGAAGUAAAGAAGGACGGAACAACUGGAGGAGAAGGAUACAGGAGGGAAUGAACGCCAUGGUGAAGCAUGAGGUCCAGGCCGUCCUCAGUCAGACUGAGGAGGACCAGAGCCAACAGGAGAACCGGGUCAAGGAGAUCCGAGAUCUUCUGCGACAGAAGGACCAGCAGAUCGUGUCUCUGUUGGAGCAGAAGGUCCACAUCUUCAGAUACCUGAGUGACUGCAGCCCCCUCCCCCUCCACCCCCACCCCCACCUCCACCUCCCAAAGCUGGCGCUGAGGGAGCGCGUGCUGUUCAGGGCCAUGCCCCGUGACCUCACAAAGGGAGAGCCAAUCAUCAGCGAGGCUCUGAGGGAAGUGGAAACGCUCCGAGCACUAGUGAACGAUGACGUGGGCGGAGCCAUCUGCUGUGUUCCUAUUGGACCAGAGGGGGGAGGGGCGGGGCCUGUCUGUCUGCCCAGGAGAGCAGAGACGUUUGGAGGAUUCGACAGCCACCAGAUGAACAGCAGCAAAAAUGGAGAAAAAGAGGAGGAAGAAUCUGUGGAUUUAAGGAGGACGGAGUCAGACAGUGUCUUAAAGAAGGGCUCCACUGCCAGCCUUCAGAUGAUCAUGAAGAGGAACAACCAGCAGGUUCAGCUCAGUGUGAGUCACCUGCAUGAACUACUGAUAACACUGCAGGUCCUGGUCCUCCAUCAGGACUCCUUCAUGGUGGACCAGUGUCAGGCCCUGAACCUCCACCUCUCCUCCAGCUCCUCCACACACUCCUCAUCUUCAUCACUGUCCUCCUCCUCCUCCUCUUCCUCCUCUUCCUCCUCCUCCUCCUCCUCUUCCUCCUCCUCGUGGCCUUCAUCUCUGGUGGAGAGGCAGCACCAGGAGGCGGCCCUUCUGCAGAAACAGCAGGCUGCAUACCAGGAGGAGAGGAUGAGGAGAGAGAGGGAGUGGGCGAUCAAGGACAGGGAUCUGACUGAGAGGGAGGAGACUCUGAAGGAGGCGGAGCAGGAGGUGAGGAGGAGGAGUCAGCAGCUGCAGGAGGACCGAGAGCAGCUGCAUAGGAGGACACAGGAGUACCACAGAGACCUGCAGAGGCUAAAGGGGGACCAGAGGAGACUGGAGCAGGACCAGGACGCCCUGAGGAGGGACUGGGACCGGCUGGACCAGCUGAGGAGGGACCAGUCAGAGCAGUGCCAGAGGGACCAGCCAACACCGUCCACCCCGUUGGGAGGGUCCACCCCGUUGGGACGGUCCAUACGGUUCCACAGCUCUGGGUCUCUGGACUUGGACUCUACAGAAUGUGCAGAACCCAAAAAGGUGCUUCUGUCGUCUUCUGCUCCCACUAAAGACCUCUUCCUUCGCAUUGGAUCCAAGAAGAUGAAGAACUGCAGUCCCUUCUCCACUUCUUCUUCUUCAUCCUCCUCUUCAUCAAAGCCUCAGGGAGCACAGAAGGACUCACAGGUUCCAAACCGACUGUUCCACCUGAGCAAGAAGAAAGAACAGAAGAAGAAAGAGGAGGAGGACCAGGGAGGAGAGGCCACUAACACAGGUGGAUCCUCUAUGACAUCAGAUCCUCAGAAUGAUGGACAGGUCUACUUCUGCUGAGGGUUGUAGAUUAUGACGAAAUGGACGGAUGGACGAGCGAGUGAGCGAGUGAACGAACAAACCAAUGAAUGGACGACCCACCGAACACACCCAGUGUCCAACAGCCACCCCCCCCCCAGACCAAAACCAGGGCCUUCGAUUUCAAGAUCAGUUCUACCAGAACCACAACCAUGGACAGAUGGAGUCCAGGUCAGAACCACAACCAUGGACAGAUGGAGUCCAGGUCAGAACCACAACCAUGGACAGAUGGAGUCCAGGUCAGGACCUGAUAAUCAGAUCUACAGCAGAACCAUGCAGAGCACACAGAGGAUACACCAGCAACAAAUGAAAGCAACACCAAGAAAAGGAGUUUACCAGUGGGUUCAGAUUCAGGACUGGGGUUAAAGGAGAUGGAAACACCUGAUCUGAUCUAAUCUGAUCUGAUCUAAUCUGAUCUGAUCUAGUUCAGUGAGUCGGUUCAGUUCAAAGACUUGGUUGAGUUGAGUGAUUCAGUUCAGUUCAAAGAGUCAGUUCAGUUCAGAGAGUCGACUCUUCAUAAACUUCACUUCCUUUUAUUCCAUCUUUGGUUUCUCAGAUAAACGUGUUUUUGCCUCUGAUGGUCUGGACAGUUUUUGGGAGUUGUGUUCACUAAAUUAUUCCUGUUCAACUCUUCUGUUUAAUCUGUACGUCAGCAUUUAAAAUGUUUUGUACCAAAAACUGAAGGUACGAUGUUUAUUUGUGUCAUGUACAAAGAAAAAGGCAAAGCAGCUCUUUUUUGUAAAUGUGUUUUAGGUCAAAUUUGAACUUCCAAAGCACUGAUGAAUCUUCUGUUUAUUUGAAUUAUGUUUUUUUAAUCACCUUUUAUUUAUGUGUCCUCCUCCUUUUUGUAAAUGUACUGAUCUGUGCCUGAAAUAAAAAAGUGAGGACGGUG